UCGACUUCAAUAUGAUUAAGACUGUAAUCUUACUGGCCUGUGUUGCCUUUCUUGUGGCUUAUGCCGGAGCCAGCCCUGUGCCUGAACCUGGUUUUGGUGGACACGGAGGUUUCGGACACGGUGGGUUUGGACAUGGAGGAUUCGGACGCGGUGGAUUCGGACACGGUGGAUUCGGACACGGAGGAUUCGGACACGGUGGAUUCGGACACGGUGGAUUCGGACACGGUGGAUUUGGAGGUUAUGGUCGCUAGAUUAAAAACAUUUUGUAAAAUUCAGACCAUGUAAUAAAGUUGAAAUAACUCGAAAA